AUUACUAUUAAUCCUUUUUUUGAAUACAACACAACAGCUUAACCAACACAAGUGCGAAACAGGGUCGUCGUCUUCUUCCUCCAGCAGCAUCGUUCUAGGGUUCGCAACACAAUUCCAUUUCCCUCUUUUCCAUUCUUCAUUAUCAACUGAAAGAUGCAGAAAUUGGGGGAAUUCAAACUACCUCAUUUCUUCAAUUACCCACCUUACUUCACUUUGCAGCCAGUAAGGGAUACUAGAGAAAAGCAGAUACAAUUAUGGAAAGAACUUAUUUUAGAUUAUUGUAAGACACAGAAGCUUUUUGUGAUUGCUCUUGAAGAAGAGUUUCCUCUAUUUACAAACACUGUAAUUGAAAGAUCUCUUACUAAUGAAGCUAGAGAAGCGUUUCUUUCGGCUUUAGUUUCCGAGGGACGAGCAGAAUGGAUGGAUAAAGGACAUAGAAAAUGUCUUAUUCUCUGGCAUCGGAUUCAAGAUUGGGCCGACAUUUUACUACAGUUUGCAAAAGAUAAUGGACUGGAAGAUGGUGUUGUGACGAUAGAGGAAAUUCGCUUUGGGACUGAAUCUCAAGGAACAGAACUUCACGGGAUAGACAGAACUAUUUUGAAUCGUGCAUUGAAAUUAUUAGAACAGAAGGGGAAGCUUGUGGUCUUCAAAGGAACUUCAACAGAUGAUGAAGGAAUUAAGUUUUCUGUAUAAUUGUUUGUGUUAAUCUGUUGAAUCUUGCAGAAUUUAAAAUGACAUCCUUGGGAGAACUUGUCGUGCCUAUUUGACUUGCUGAGUGUCUUGUCGGGCAAGAUAUCCAAAGAUCAAGCUGGUGUCACUUGCUAUCAUCUAUUAUUUUGGGAUCUUGUUUUGUAAGAGGUUGGCUUUGUUGCAUAGACUUGGUUAAGCUAGUGAAACUAUGUUCCUUGUGACAUCAUGAAAUCCAUUAAUGGGAUUCUGGGUUCCAAAUUUUUUAUGUUUCAAAAAAUAGAUUGUAGACAUUGAUAUUAUAAAAAAUAAUACUCCAUCCGUCUCAUUUUAUACAUUGUUUUAACAAAAUAUUUUUGUAAUGUUAUUAUUGAGAGCAAAACUCUGAUAUAAAUAUUGUGUUCUCCUUAA